CAGAAGUUGACUCGUAAACUAUGCAAUUAAUCGCAGAUGACCACAACCCUUACUUUUGUGGUCCCUAGUUUUAGCUCAUCAUCAAAAGCGGAUCGGAGCGGACCUGACCAAUCCAAUCACACAACUGAGGAUCCAGUUUUUCUAGACGAAACCGGAAAUCACAUAGCUCGGAAUCUCUGUUUGUAUUUAAAAAGAAUGAUAGAGGUGGAACCACCGAGCCCGUUAAGAUAUAUGCUCGGAGCAGUGAUCAUAAUGAUCGGAGUCGUAUUGCCCGUCGGAUACACGAUGCUCCGUAACAAACGCGACCCUUCCUCUUCCUCGUACUCCAAAGGAACAAAGUUUUGAUAUAGAGAUUAAGGUAGAAUACGAGGAACAUUGGAAGGCCCCGCAGACACAAAACUGUAAAUGGAUUAAUAAACCUCACUUCUUUUUUAUUAUGUUAGUUGUUUAGAUGUUAAUCCUUCAAGUUGAUGAAGAUAUGUGUUGGUUUAUUUAGAUAUUCAUGAGCUUUGAUUAGGUUUUCAAUUUUAGGUUGAAUCGAAAAUGUUAUACUGUACAACUUAAAAAGCUAUG